AGAUAAUGAUAUUUCGCAUCCCAAAAAAUGUACGAGAUAUCUAGAGAGUACGGCAAGUAUGUCAGAAGAAAAUAUUUUUGAUUCUUGUGAUGAUGAAUCUAUUGAAAAAUCGCUAUCAGUGAUUACUACACAUUCUCAAUCUGAAUUCAGUGAGUCUAUUGAUGCUUUCCAUCAAAUAAAAGAAUUAUCUUGCUCAAGACCUCGAUCAGAUAAUUUGUCACAGACUUUAUCUGAAGUCAAAGAUUUUCAAAAGAAAACAUAUAUUCAGAACCAAGAAAUUAGUAGUAAACUAGACAUAGUUAUUAUGAAUUUAAGCAGAUUAAAUCGUUUUCUUCUUCCAAAUGAAAAGAGAAUAGUAAGACCAACAGAUCUUCCUUCACUUCCAUUAAAAACUAAUGAAGAAUUAGAACAAUUUGAAAUAUUUUUAUCUAAAGGUGAUAACAUAACAGCUACCAUUUGUUAUAUGAAUCAAAUUAUUGGCUCUCGAGAUAAUGUCAAAGAAGCUACAUAUAAAAUAUUAAAAAAACUUAUCUCGAAUACAUUGGCAUCCGAGUUUAAUUUGAAAGGUGGUGGCAAUCCGUCCAAAAAAUGUUUUGAAAAGUUAACAUUAUACGAAGUUGUUGAAGGUGCCAUUUUAAGCAAACAGCCACAGACAGAACUACCUGAGAUUGCUGCAGCAACUUCCUCGUGGCUGAAGCAAGCUCCUUGGCGUCGUCAAGAUGAUGGAACAAUGGGCAAAAGAACAAAAUAAUAUAUGAUAGAG